AUGGAUCUCUUUAUUUAUAAUAGGUCCCACCGCCUGUGGAUCUGCCGCCCAUGUGGAUUUGCUGUUGCUGUUGCGAAUGUCCUCACCCACCUGGCUAAGCGGCACCGCAACCAUCCCUCGGCCGCGACGGCAGGUCUCCGGGAGGCCGCAGUGGCUGCGAUGAUGCAGGACCAGCUGGAGCCGGUGUUUGACCGCACUCAGGAACCCUGUUGCCCACCGCCUCCCGAGAGUGCUCCAGUCCCCGGACUGCCUGUCUACCGGGGCUACCGCUGCCCGCACUGCCCGUACGUGUCCCGCACCCUGGGUGCCGUGUCAAAACACCAACCGAAGGCCCACCCCGAGAUACCGCGGCCCGGCCGGGGGCGGCGACCGACGAGGCUGGCCCCGAUCUCCACCCAGCCUCUGGUGACACAGCGGGCAAGCCAGGCGGCAAGGAUGAGCGAGGUGGACUUCAUCCGCAGCCAGGUCGCAGGGGCACUGGCGCGGGAUGCAGGAGUGACCACCGCGGCCGAGCAGCUGGUGCCGGACCCCGCCUUCAAAGACGGCACAGAGGUGUCACCGUGGCUGGAGCUUACACGCUGGCCUGAGUACCUGCGUGGGCGGGACUUCACCGCUGUGGCCCGGCUGGGGAUGUUGCCUGACCCCACGCACGAGCCAUUACUGGUUGCCUUCACGGACAGCGUGGAGCGGCUGAUCCAGGCAGCAUACACUUCAAUCAAGGAGCGGCGGAUCAAUGACAGCUUCCUCCAGCGGCCGCGGGUGUGGGAGCGGCCGAUCCUGAUUGAGCUUAAGCCGUCGACCUACCGCGCCUACCGGCAGGUGUGGCAGCGGCUGGUAUGCUUUGCCUUCCGAACCAGUCGGCCUCCCGCAGGCGCGGGGCCCGAGCCAGUGGAGCUCAGCCACCAGUUCACCACCGCCCAGCUGGCAGCCCUUGAUUCGAUGGAGGCCUCCGCAAGAGACCUGCUCCGCCAGGGCAGCCGGCAGGGCCAGGCAGGCGAGGAGGUUAGCAGGAGGCUGGAUCAGGCCUGCCUAGACCUCUCCAUCGCCCUGCUGGACCACCCCCUGAAGGGGGACAUCUUCGAGAGUCCGCUGGUUGGCUUUCUGGCCGUGCUUGGGGUGGAUGCCACGAAGCGGACGUUCCGGGACCCAUAUGGCUACACAGGCUACCUCUCCGGGCUCGUGAAGAUGGCACAGAUGCUGGUGGUACAGCAGGCAGUUCAGAUGGCCGAGGAUGGGCAGGUGGAGCACCCUGCAGAUGCGCUGGAUGCCAUGCGUGAACGCUUCCUCCUCCCAGGAGUGGCUGCCCCCUUUGGCUGGGUGACCCGGCUGCGGACAUUCGGCAAGCGAGUGCAGAACACCACCACGAGUCUAGGGUAUGUCUACUGGAGCGAUGACCAGCAGACUCUAAGCUACAGAGAGCUGCAUCUAAGCAUAGCAGGGCUCCGGCGCUUCGUGCGCACGCAGGUGGAGCUGACACAGCACAAGCUUGAGCAGCUCUUUCUUGUUCAUGAAGAGGAAGCACGGGAGGUGGUAGUGCCACGCCUGGCGCUGGCCCAGCUGGCGGACAGCCCUACAAACAAUCAGCGCGGCUGGAACUUCCUUCGAGCACCGCAGAACUGCAAGGCCCUUCCAACCACAGGGGAGCGAUGGCUGCUGGACCGAGUCCUCACAACAGACAGGCUCCGGGCAGAGUGGGUAGCUGUACGGCCAUCUGAUCAUCAGGUGGUCUGGGACACAGCAGUGGUAGAUGACUAUCUGCAGCAGGUGGAUGGAUUUCUUGAGCAGCUGCUUCUUGUGGUUCAUCUCACUGGGGGCCAGCCUGCGCGGGCCACAGAGCUGCUCAGCAUACGGCACAGUAACACGGUCUGCGGCCGCCACCGCAGCAUUUUUAUUGAACAUGGGCUGGUGAGCAUGGUGACAACCUAUCACAAAGGCUACAGCAUGACCAACUCCACAAAGAUCAUCCACCGCUAUCUGCCAGCAGAGGUCAGUGAGCUGGUGGUGUACUACCUCUGGCUGAUUCUACCUUUCGCGCGGGCGGUCCAGCGGCUUGCAUAUGGAGACAGUGAUAGCCAAGGGGGGCUGCGGUCACCAUUUCUCUGGCCGCGGGGGCAUGGACCGUGGGACAGCAGCCGGCUGCGGGUGGUGCUUCAGCGCGAGGCAAAGACACACCUCCAGACCAAGCUCAAUGUAAUCACUUGGCGGCAUGCCGCCAUUGCCAUCUCGCGUAUGCACCUGUCCUGUGGAGGGUUCAAGCGGGAAUAUGGGGCAGAUGAUUCGGCAGUAGACCAGCAGGCAGGCCAUGGAUCCUGGGCUGCAGGUACAGUAUAUGCGCGGGGGCUGCAGGAGGCACCGGGCCACAUUGAGGCACGGCGUGUGCGGUACCAGGCUGUCAGCCGGGAGUGGCAUGAAUUCCUGGGGUUUAACCCAGGCCCAGGGGUGCGAAAGCGGGCACGGAACAUGGAAAACAGCGUUAGCAGAAAGGCUCAAAAACAGCAGCCAUCAUAUGUAACAGUAGAAAUAGAUGACAACAUAGAGCUAUAA